ACGAAACCCGAUCCGCGAAGUCGGGUCUUUUGUGCAGCUGCUUCAACGCUCGCAGACUGAACUUGUCUCGAAAUUGAGAAGAAAACACUUGCGAAUUUUUUAAGGAAGUAAGAAAAAGGAAUAGGAGUGUGCACGGACAACGCGGGGGGAAGCACCGAGGCGCGCGACUCGUAAUAAAAGACAGGAGUUCAUAAAUAGACAACCAAAGCUUCCUCGAGCGAGCGGAAUAACCCACUUGGUUCACUCGUUUUUAUUUGGUACAUCGAAUCAGGAUGUGGCAAUCUAAUGCUUGAACGUAACUUAACAUCCUUUUAAACAUGGUGAGAAGGGCUCUUGAAACCCACGGUCUAAACAGGCAACUCUGCUGCCAGCAUGGACCACUUUUAACAUGAGCGUGAUGGGGAUGAUAAUGAUAGUAUACAUCGCAAUGAUGGAAGAGCUGCAUUGACAGAGAUUAACCGCACUCACUCUAAAUGCACCGCUGCCAAUCAGCAUGCUGCGGAUACUGUCGCUCAAAUUUGGCCGCGUCUACCGAUGCGGCAAGUUCCUCUUCAUUGUAGCACUUUUUGUCAUCCUGCUGAUGAACACCCACAACCUGUUCGCCUCAUUCCAGAGGAACGAGCUCACAGACCGUCGAUUUAUAGGCCUCAAUAAGUGUCCGGCCUGCUUUGGGACUAGCUGGUGCCGCAAGUUCAUGAACGGGCAGGUGACCUUCGAGAUGUGGGGUCGCCUGCGCUUUCUAGACUUCUUCAACGUGAAGAAUGUUUUUUUCGCUCAAUACGGAGAACCCAGGGAAGGAACGCGCAGGGUCGUGCUCAAACGCUUGGGUUCCAACCAAGAGCUGGCAGAGAUCGAUCAGAAGAUCUGCAAACGGGCCACUGGAAGGCCUCGCUGUGAUCUCAUACAGAGUAUGUACAAAACUGAGUUUGCCCGACUUAACGGGGAUGUAAGACUUCUGACCCCGGAGGUGGUGGAGGGCUGGUCGGAUCUAGUGCACUGCCCCUCUCAGAGGCUUCUGGAUCGGGUGGUCAGGAGGUACGCCGAAACUAAGGACUCUGGAAGCUUCCUGCUGAAGAACCUAAAGGACACGGAGCGAAUGCAGCUGCUGAUGACGCUAGCGUUCAACCCCGAGCCACUGGUGCUGCAGAGUUUUCCCUCAGAUGAGGGCUGGCCGUUCGCCAAAUACCUGGGGGCCUGCGGCCGGAUGGUGGCGGUGAAUUACGUGGGCGAGGAGCUCUGGAGCUUCUACAAUGCGCCCUGGGAGAAAAGAGUAGAUCUUGCCAAGCAGCUGAUGGACAUCGCCGAGCAGCUGACCAACAAUGACUUUGACUUCGCCCUUUACCUCCUGGAUGUCAGCUUCGACAAUUUCGCAGUCGGGCCCCGUGAUGGAAAAGUCAUCGUCAUCGAUGCUGAAAACGUGAUCGUGGUGGACAAAAGAUUGGUGAAGCAGAAUAAACCCGAGAGCUACGAUGUAUGGUAUGAGAGCCGCUACGAGGAAUGCGAUAAAGAGGCCUGUCUCUCCUUCUCCAAGGACAUUCUCUGCUCACGGGUCACCGUGGACCACAACUAUUACGCCGUGUGUCAGAACCUGCUCUCCAGAUUUUCCAGCUGGCGGGGCAGCACCGGCGGUCUCCUCCACGACCCCCCUCCGGACGUGGUGAAAGACGGCCGCCUCAUAGCACUGCUGGAUGAGUGCACCAGGCCGCAGAAACGCUACGGUCGCUUCCAGGCGGCUAAAGAACUGCGCGAGUUCCUCACGCAACUCACUCAGACGAGCAAUGCUGACAGGUAGUGUUGAGAAUGGAGGGGGGACACUGAACUUUUACAGCCCCCUCCUCCAAUAAACUACAAAGACUAUCAGAUUCUGGAACUCAUGGGUACACCUUUAAGGGAGUCGCUGUUUUGUUGCCGCUAUCAAUCAUGCCAGUGUUGGCUGUAGUCCUGUUUGGGCUUAUUAAAGAAGUUUGCACAUCUACAUGGAUUCAAGGGUUGUGUGAGAAUCAGCAGACUAGAGGCUCAACCUGCUGUUAUCACAUGUGUGGGUGUGUGUGUGUGUGAUCAUGUGUGGCGUGCGUGUUUGUGUGUGUGACAUGCAUCCGUGGCAUGCGUGUGCGGUAUGCAUUCGUGUGCGUUUGCAUUCAUGGCGUGUGUGUGUGUGUGUGUGUGUGUGUGUGUGUGUGUGUGGUUGCGUGGUUGGGGUACGUGUGUUUGAGAGCGUGUGUUUGCAUGUGGAUUGUGUGCGUGGUGUACGCGCGUGUCUGCGUUCGUGUGUGUUUGCGUUUGACAUGUGGCAUGUUUGCGUGUGUGUGUUUGAUGUGUGUGCAGGUUUGUGUGUGGCAUGUGUGCAAGUGGGGUGUGUGUGGCAUACACACGUGGCGUUCAUGUGCGUGCGUGUGUUUGCAUGUGGAUUGCGUGCAUGCCGUUCGUGUGUUUGCGUGCACGUUUGCGUGUGUAGUGUGCGCACGUGUGGCAUGCGUGCGUGGUGUUUGUAUGUGUUUGCGUGUGUGCGUGGCGUUCGUGUGUGUUUGCGUGUGUGGUGUGCGCAUGUGUGGCGUUCAUGUGUGCAUGCGUGCGUGGCGUUCGCGUUUUUUGCGUGCGUGUGUGGUGUGCGCACGUGUGGCGUACUUGCGUGACGUUUGUGUGUGUGCAUGCAUGUGGAUUGCGUGUGUGGUGUACGCGCGUGCCGUUCGUGUUUGAGUGUGCGUGCAUGUGUGUGUUUGCGGUGUGCGUACGUGUGGUGUAUGUGCGUGCGUGUGGAUUACGUGAGUGAUGUACGCGCAUGGCAUUCGUGUGUGUAUGCGUACAUGCGUGCGUGUUUGCAUGUGGUGUGCGUGUUUGGUGUAUGCACGUGGCCUUCGUGCAUGCGGAUUGCGUGCGUGGCAUUCGUGUGUGUUUGCGUGUGUGGUGUGUGCGUGUGGUGUUCUUCUGCGUGCGUGUGGAUUGCAUGCGUGGUGUG